UGUCGUCUCAGUGUGAGAUGAGAGAUGGAGAGGGCUGGGACAGGAAGGAUUAGCCGGAGGGAGGGAUGACUGAAUAACGAGGAGAGAAACACCCACUCCUGGCCAAGCGAGCCGUAUCCUGCGAGAAAGCAGGGGUGACACCCAAGGAGAAGGGGAAGAAGGAACACAGCAGCGCUCGUUUGCCUUUUCACGGGAUUUCCUUCUUGGUGUGGAAAGGGACGCUUGCUUUAUGUGUGAAGAGGUUAGUGUUACUGGUUGUGAGGAUGUUCUCUCAGGAUUAUUUGUGGGCUCCACUGGUGUUCCUAGUGGUCAUUUCCCAUUUCCCAAGUAAAGCACAGGCUCAAGUUCCAGCUCCGAGGAGGCUGCGUGUCAAAGCAUUGAACUCCAACACCCUGCUUGUUGCCUGGAAGGAGCCCAAAGGAGACUUUGACAGCUACCUGUUCCUCUACAACAGCAUACCAGGUGGUCAUCAGCGGGAGAUCAUCAUAUCAAAAAGUGACAGUAAAGUGUUGAUAACAGACUACGACCCGUCCAAGGACUACAUCUUCAGUGUAAUUUCUGUCAGGGGCAGCACUCAGAGUAAACCACUGCAGGGCAGACAUAAAGCUGAGAGAGGCAACAGUGAUGGAAGAGUCAAAACCGAGCCACAGCGCCUGACUGAUGCGUUCCUUCUUCCUGAAGAUGUCAACGAGAUCUCCGGAGACCAGUUUGUGUGCCACACUGAGUCCAUAGCAGACAUUGUGAUCCUGGUAGAUGGCUCCUGGAGUAUUGGUAGGCUCAACUUCCGGCUGGUCCGCAUGUUCCUGGAAAAUCUGGUCAACGCCUUUGACGUGGGCAUUGAUAAGACCAGGAUAGGACUGGCUCAGUAUAGCGGUGAUCCAAGGAUAGAGUGGCACCUCAAUGCGUUCACCACUAAAGAUGCUGUCCUUGAUGCUGUGAAGAACCUUCCUUACAAAGGAGGAAACACUCUCACAGGUAUGGCACUGUCCUACAUCUUGGAGCAUUGUUUCAAGCCUGAGUCUGGUGCCCGUGUUGAUGUACCUAAGAUUGGGAUCCUCAUAACCGAUGGGAAGUCUCAGGAUGAUGUUAUCCCACCUGCAGAAAGCCUGCAAAAAGCUGGGGUUGAGCUGUUUGCUAUCGGUGUGAAGAAUGCUGAUGAGAAUGAGCUGUGCUCCAUUGCCUCCGAGCCGGACGACUCUCAUGUAUAUAAUGUAGCUGACUUCAACGUUAUGAGCUCCAUUGUGGAAGGACUGACCAGAACAGUGUGUGAACACGUGGAGCAGCAAGACAAGGACAUCAAGCAACAACAGCCACCAGAGAGGAUUGGACCACCAUCAGACCUGGUGACAUCAGAGGUCACAGCCAGAAGCUUCCGAGUGACAUGGAGCCACUCCACUGGAAAUGUGGAGAAAUACAGAGUGGUUUAUUUUCCUGCUCAAGGAGGACAACCACAGCAGUCUGUGGUAGACGGCCAUGACACCUCGGUGGUGUUGCAACAUCUCAACUCGCAGACCGAAUACCAGCUGUCUGUGUUUGCUGUGAAUGAAAAUGAUGCCAGUGAAGCACUGAGAGGAUCAGCAACAACUUUGGCUCUUCCCACAGUGACAAGCCUCCAGCUGCUUCAUGUGACUCAUAACAGCAUGAAAGCAAGAUGGCACAGUGUGGAGGGAGCGUCAGGCUACAUGUUGCUUUAUGCACCACUCACAGAUGAAGGCGACUUGGGUGAGAAGGAGAUCAAAGUGUCAGAUACAGUGACAGAGCUGGAGUUGGAUGGUCUCAUCCCACAAACUGAGUAUACCGUCACUGUUUAUGCGAUGUAUGGAGAGGAGGCCAGCGACCCCAUUGCAGAUCAACAAACUACGUUACCACUGAGUCCUCCCAGUAACCUUCAGUUCUCUGACAUCACCCACAACUCAGCACGCAUCAGCUGGGACCCCUCGGAAAGAGGAGUUACGGGUUAUCGCAUCAUGUGGGUGAAGACAGACGGGGAGGUCGCAGAGGAGGUGGAAGUUGGGCCUGUGAGGUCUUAUGACCUCAGUGGACUGACAUCACUCAUGGAGUACUCAGUGGCUGUAUUUGCUCUGUAUGAUGAGGGCCAAUCAGAACCGCUCAAUGAUGGAUUCACUACAACUCCAGUUCCAGGUCCUCAACACUUCCAUUCUAGUGAUGUCGGUCCAGACAGUUUUCAGGUAAUUUGGGAUCACUCAGCCGAUGACAUCAUCGUCUACAGACUCUCCUGGGCACCAUCCACUGGUGGUGACACAAAGGAGGUGAUCCUGAGUGGAAGUGAUAAACGAUACAUUCUGACUGGUCUCAGCCCCUCCACUGAGUAUGAAGUUAUGUUGACGGCAGUUUUCAAAGACCAAUCAGAGAGCGACACUGUCUCUGUCACAGAGACCACAUCGGUGGAAAAUCUAUUUUCCCCAUCAAUGAUUUUGGCCAAGACAGUAACGAUUGCCACCACAACCUCGGCCCCCCGUCAGGCAGUGAGAAACCUUCAGUUGAGUGAAGAGACCACCCAGAGCCUGGAGGUAUCAUGGGAGAUGGAUGACCCACGUGUGGAGCGCUACAGGGUGUCCUAUGCCAGCCUCAGGGGCCAUCACAAAGAACAGAUGGUGUUAGUUCCUGGCGGUCAGAAAAGUGUGCUGCUGGAGUCGUUACUUCCUGACAGUCGGUACACAGUCAAAGUCACGCCAGUGUACACUGACGGACAAGAUGGCAUCAGCGUGUCAACACAGGGGAGCACAUUGCCCCUCAUGUCUCCUGAAAACCUCCGCGCAUCGGAGGAGUGGUACAACCGCUUCAGGGUGACCUGGGAUCCACCACAAUCUCCUGCUGUGGGUUACAAGAUCCUUUACCAGCCAGUCUAUGUACCAGGACCAGUCUUGGAUACUACUGUGGGCGAAAAUGUAAACUCCGUUCUCCUGAUGAACCUGCUAAGUGGGACAGAGUACAGCGUUCAUGUGACUGCAUCCUACCCUGCAGGACAAAGUGAACCACUGCUAGUGAACGCCAAGACAUUGUUCCUGGGUGUCUCUGGCCUGACCGUCUACCAGGUGCGACCCAACAGCAUGUGUGUGCAAUGGCAGCCUCAUCUGCACGCUACUUUAUACAGAGUCUCCAUCCAGUCUACUCUCAACAGUCAGCGACAGGAAGUGAGCCUUGGGGGUGGGGCUUCCCGACAAUGCUUCUACGACCUUGUUCCAAGCAGCCAAUAUGAGAUCAGCGUUCAUGCACAGAUGCAGGAAAUGGAAGGACCUCCCAUCUCCAUCACGGACAUGACACUGCCAGCGCCCACUCAGGCUCCGACUGAACCCCCUGCCACGGAGCCCCCUCCCACCAUCCCACCUGCUAAAGAAGUGUGCAAAGAGGCCAAAGCUGACCUAGCGUUCCUGGUGGAUGGCUCCUGGUCCAUUGGAGACGACAACUUCAUGAAGAUCACAAAUUUCUUGUAUAGCACCAUUGGAUCUUUGGAUCAGAUUGGAACAGAUGGAACCCAGGUGGCCAUUGCUCAGUUCAGUGACGACGCUCGGACAGAGGUCCAGUUGAGUUCCCAUGGCAACAAAGAAGCCCUUCUGGAAGCGAUUCAGAGGAUCAGAUACAAGGGAGGCAACACAAAGACAGGCCGAGCCAUCAAGCAUGUGAAGGAGUCCAUUUUCACCUCAGAUGCUGGAGUUAGGAGAGGGGUACCCAAAGUCCUGGUUGUCCUCACUGAUGGACGUUCACAGGACGACGUGAAUAAAGUGUCCAAGGAAAUGCAGAUGGAGGGAUACAUCAUAUUUGCAAUCGGCUUUGCGGAUGCAGAUUAUGGGGAACUAGUCAACAUAGCCAGUAAACCAAGCGAUAGACAUGUCUUCUUCGUGGACGAUUUGGAUGCUGUGAAGAAAAUCGAGGAGCAGCUUAUUACUUUUGUCUGUGAAGCCGCCACUGCAACUUGUCCAUCUAUUCUGAUGAGCGGAAACGCUGUGGCGGGUUUUCGUAUGAUGGAGAAGUUUGGUCUGGUGGAGAAGGAGUACAGCACCAUAUCUGGAGUUUCUCUAGAGCCAGGCUCAUUCAAUAGCUACCCGUGUUACAGGUUACACCGUGAUGCCAUGGUGUCGCAACCCACCAAGUACCUUCACCCUGAAGGCUUACCCUCUGACUACACCAUCUCCAUGAUGAUUCGCCUUCUUCCCGAGACUCCACAAGAGCCCUUUGCAUUGUGGGAAAUCCUCAAUAAGGACAGAGAGCCAUUGGUGGGACUCAUCCUAGACAACUCUGGGAAGAGUAUGACAUUCUUCAACUAUGACUACAAAGGACACUUUCAGACUGUCACCUUUGAAGGAACUCAAAUAAGAAAACUCUUCCAUGGCAGUUUCCACAAGCUGCACGUAACCAUCAGCAAGACGGCAGUGAAGGUUGUUUUGGACUGUACUGCUGUUGGGGAAAAAGGCAUCAGUGCAUCUGGCAACAUCACCACGGAUGGUGUAGAGGUCCUGGGGCGCAUGGUGCGGUCUCGAGGAAGACAGGACAACUCUGCCCAGUUUCAGCUCCAGAUGUUCGACAUCAUCUGCAGUACUUCCUGGGCCAGCAGGGAUAAGUGUUGUGAGCUGCCAGCUUUGCGGGUUGAAGAGGACUGCCCCUCAAUGCCUCACUCCUGCACCUGUUCGCAAGACAGCAAAGGACCCCCAGGACCCUCCGGGCCCCCUGGUGGUCCAGGCAUAAGGGGGGCACGUGGAGACAGAGGGGAACCUGGAGUGACGGGACCUCAUGGGCCUGUGGGAGAGAUUGGCCCUGUUGGACCACCAGGACCACCAGGUCCUCAGGGACCCAGUGGCCUUUCUAUUCAAGGGCCUCCGGGGGCCGCUGGGGAGAAGGGAGAGCAAGGAGAGAUUGGCCCAGCUGGCCCAUUGGGUGUUCCUGGAAGCCAAGGUUCCCCCGGUAGGGACGGCCCCCCAGGAGCGAGGGGUCUGCCAGGUAAUAACGGACCGCAGGGCCAACAAGGACCACCGGGGCCUCUUGGAGCCCCAGGUGCACCUGGAGCUACAGGACCGAAUGGGUCAACAGGACCCCAAGGGAAUCAAGGACUUCCUGGUCCUGCUGGUAUCAAAGGAGACAAAGGAGAAAGAGGUGACGUCCAAUCCCAAGCAGCCGUGCGUGCUAUCGCACGCCAAGUAUGUGAGCAGCUCAUUCAGAAUCACUUGUCCCGUUACAACUCCAUCCUCAACCAGAUCCCAGUCCAGUCAGCUGUGUCAGUGCGUACUGUGCCCGGACCACCUGGUGAACCAGGUAGAAGAGGUCCCCCGGGACCUCAGGGAGAGCAAGGGUCAACCGGCAGGCCUGGUUUCCCUGGUUCUAACGGUCAGAGUGGACAACCAGGAGACAGAGGUCUGCCCGGAGAGAAGGGAGAGAGGGGGAGUCCAGGUGUUGGAAAUCAGGGACCUAGAGGACCCCCUGGGCCCCCAGGGUUGCCAGGUGAGGGGCGCACAGGCAGCCAGGGUCCUCUCGGCCGGCCUGGUAACCCUGGGGCACCCGGGAGGCCGGGCAAUCCAGGUUCCGCAGGACCAGCUGGAUCUCCAGGAUACUGUGACCAGAACUCCUGUUUGGGAUAUAAUGUUGGAGUCCAACCUCUUCCCCAUGGUGGCUAUCAACCUUACAACCAACCUCACAGUCAAGCCUACAACCCUGCUGUGCUAGCUUACAACAACGACCAAGGAGGCCAAGAUGAGGAGGAGGAGGAGGAAGAAGAGGACCCUUACUACCGCAGCUACCCCCAUCAGCACUAUCGCCAGCUUCACGGGCCUUCCCGCUCGGAAGAUGUGGAGCUGAGGUCGCCGGGAGUCAUCAGGAGGUUUUCCCGCAAUGUCGUCGUCAUGGAGGAGAGCGAGCAAGGAGGACUCAAGAGGAAGGAUGCACCCUCCUCAAGUGAUUGAUCCCCAAACACACAUCCAUCAUAAGCCGGACCCCCAUACCCAGUAGCUCGCUGCAUCUGGUCCAGUGAUGUAAAUAUCCCACAUGUAUGAUAACUCUGUAAAAAAAAAAAAAAAAAAGAAGAAGAAGAAGACAAGCAGUGCAAAAAGUGCCUGAUUUUUGUUGUUGUUUUCAUCGCCAAGUGAGACCACCCCUCUCGUCUUCACGCCUCUCCUUAGGUGCUCCUCUCUUUCACGUCUUACAGUGGAACCUCCAAAGUCAAACAAUCCAUGAUGCCGGUUGAUUUGUUCUACCUUCAAAAUUGUACAGACAUUUUUUUAAACUGUGCGUGCCUGGGAGGUGAGUCUCUUCACAUGAACCUGAUUACCCAACCCACCCCCUGGCCCCACGCCUACAAAUAGCUGUGUACAUUUCUUAUUAUCCAUGUCGACUUAUUGUCGCCUUCACAUUGCUUCACAUUUCUGAUCCACACUCAGGUUUGGCACACGCACGCACGCAACCGAUAACGGUUGAAUCGAAUGUGUUCCUCUCUAGUUCUUAAUGAUAAAUGACACAACUGAUGAUAGAAAUGAAUAGAAAGACUUGAAAUAGUCCAAAAGUCAAACCCCACGACACUCUCACUCGCCUGUGUACGCGAUAAAGGCGUGUUAUUUAAUCAAUCCAUUAUUGAUGAAUCCAUUAUCCAAGUACAAUGAAUGACAGCCGCCACCUUCCUCAAUACAAAUAAGACUGGAAACAAUCCACAAAGUCACAGAAAUUGUAGUCGUACAGCAGAAAAGAACUGUGCGAAUGGCCGAGUGUGCGUAAGAGACGUGUGUACCACUUUCCCACGUCACUAUUUCUGUGCUUGUCAUCCUGUUUUCCCUCUUUGCAUAGCUAGCGAUGAAGUGUUUGUUUCUUAAGAUCCCCAUUAGCAGCUGCAAUAGCGGUAGCUGUUCUUCCUGGGGUCUACAGACUUUUGAAAACAUAGACAUACACAUGCACACCAUGCAAGACAGUAAAGCACAUACAUACAAGUAGUACAUUAGGUACUCACUGAAGAGCUAUGCUGCAGUGUACAUUUAGGAAUCACAAUAGCUCUUCAUAAAGUGUAUACAUAUACAUGAUACUCAUACCCAUACCCAGCUCAACACUGACCAGAUAAAUACAAAUAAUUAUUAAAAAUAAACAAACUACCAAAAAUUGGACAAUCAUUUUAAUGUAAAUGUAUACAGUCUCAAUCUUUUAUUCAUUCCAAAAAUCCAAAAUUGUGGAAGUCACACCAUAUGAGUGAUGUCUCGCACCAUAUACGUUCAAUGAACGGUCGUGAUCCAAGACGGUUUUGGUGAUUUUUCCUUUGAUAAUUUUGGUGCAAAUGUGAUUUGUACAACUUUGGAGGUUGUGCUGUAUUGAACAAGAUGAGCCGGUAGCGCUUGUACAGGCAGCUUUCUCCAAUGACACAUCAUCAUGUACGUUUCUUUGUUGUCUGUUACCUGAACACUGUGGAAUACAUACGUGGUUUUUUAUUAUUACAUUUUUUUUUAUGACCCAAUUCUUCAUGUUGUCAUCGUAGCGUAACUAUGCUGUGCUGCAGUCAGCAUUUGAGUCUGUUUGUUAUGACGUCAAAGUUGAUCUGUUUGUGGCAUUAUUUGUGUUACAGUCAAGUCAUAUAGUUUUUACAGGUCAAAACACCGAGGUGAAGGUCACAGUUCAUGGUCACGGAAAGAUGAAACACAUCAAAAAGGUGAAUUUUUGUGCAACCAAACUUGGUGGACAUAGUAGUAGGUAUAUAUACUGUAUACUGUAGAUACAGCAGAUGCUCAACUGAUUCCUUUUUGGUGGCGCUUGAUGUUGACAUUAAAUGGGUGAAAAAAUAAAUAAAAAUUAAACAAACCACAUCGUCAUACUACAAAUUAACAGUGACAUGGGUCAUGGGAUGCAGAUGAAAUGCUAAAAAAAAAAACUAAAAACAUAAAAUAAAUAUUUGUCCAUUGAACUGUUAUACAUGCAUUUUCUGUAUUUUCUUCAGUAAAUAUCACAAAAUUACGAUGGAGUGUUUAGGGCCACAUUGGGGGGAAAAAAAAAAUCGGAGAUUUCAAGAAUAAAGUCGUAAAUUUACGAGAAAACACUCGUAAUAUUACGAGAAUAAAGUUGUAAAUUUACGAGAGUAAGCUUGUAAAUUUACGAGAAAAAACGUGGCAUUGCCUGAGACAGCUAUGAAAAGGGGGUCUUAUGUGACCUUUGGCAUGUGGAGGGGGCGGUGUCACUGCGCAAUCCGUCCCAGAAACGCAAUCGUUUCUACGCGUGUGCAUAACGCAUCUACAUCUGGUCGGCCUAUUUUUCAGCAGUCACAUGUUAGUCAUGUGUAAUGUACGCCAUCCAUCGAGCUAUUUUACGGCAGCAAUAUACAUCCCCCCCCAAAAAUGUGAUUAAGACUUGCAAAAUUACAACAUAAUCAAUCCUUUUUUUAAUAUCAUAUCCAUGCAAGUGGAUAACUAAUAAGCCCUCUUUUGCUGGUUCCAUAUUGAGUUUUUUUUUGUCACUGAAAAUAAGCAAAACAAAAGCAUUUGCUAGGAAGAUAUGUUUGGAUGGAUGGAUGGUAUUUCUCCAUUUAGAAAAAAACCUCUAGCUGAAUCCUCUACAUUGAUCCAUCAUUGCGCUCUGCUUUUGGUUGUUUACAAUCUAAUAUAACUUUUAUAUUUUAUAUUUUAUGUUUUAUUCUGUUUAAUUAUUUAUUAUUAUUUGUUUUAUUAUUAAUUAUUUGUUUUACUUUAACCGGAUAUGACGUUUACGCCUGCGCUACGUACAGUAGCUCCGUCUUGGUGGAGACGAUAGAAGACGAUAAAAACAUCCGCGUGGUGACAAACUCUUUUAAUAACAAUCACUAAUAAAAGAACCCCUCCCAAUAUAUUACAUAUAUGAAGGAUGGAUAUUGACCAUUCAUGUUCAUACAUGUAAAUUUACGAGAAUAAAGUCGUCAAUUUCUGCCUUUUUUUCUCGUAAACAACAACUUUAUUUUCAAAAUCUACGAUUAUUUUUUUUCCAAUGUGGCCCCAAUACUCCGUCUUACUAAAUUUGCACAUUUCCUGAUCGAAAACGGGGCAGAAAUGUGAGCUGAAGCUGUUGCUAACAUUAAGCGCACGCAGCUUUAGGUACAGCAGCUGUUUUAGCAACGAGUCAAAUGCUUUAAAGAUAUUUUUAUGAAUGAAUUUGACUGUCAAAAUGGAUGAUUACAUUUCCAAGCUCAACAGAAGGUGAUCAGACUUUUCCAACAAAGUAUCAGAGCUUUCCUGGAGGACAGGGUGCAUGUACUUCAUAAACACAUAAAAGGUAAGACCACAAAUGUUUUUCAGUUUCUAAAAAAAAAUGUAAAUGGUACUACGAAGUAUUUGAAAAUGAGGUUUUCAAUGAAAGUGAAUUGUGCUCAUGUUUUCUUUAAUGAGAAAGCUGUUUUCGCAUUAAAAAAAAACUCCAAAGGAGUCAACAGCCAUCGACCUCACCACACAUCACAGCAAUUGAAAGGUUUUGUUUAGUGCUUUCCAGAUAUGUAAAUGUAAUCACUGGUCCUCUCGUAAUGGUGAAAAAAUGUUUAAAAAUUGCAUCAAAAAGAUCACAAAACUUACAAACCUCACAAAUCAAUGCAGUGGCGAUGGCCCAAGGUUUUCCCUAGGAACUUUCGACCUUCGACCUUCAGUUCAAAAGU